AUGGCGAAGAAGACUGCUCAAGCAGACCCCGAGUCUGCCACCACUCAAGUCAACAUUGCUGAUUUCCAGCGCACGCGAGAUUCGGUCAUCGUUGCUCUUGCAACUCUUCAGUCUAGCGUCCAGGACCUCUCUCGCGCCUACAUCCAACAUGCAAAUACUGUCCUUGCACCCGGAAAACAUGGUCUCACUCCUAUCGAUGCCAACCUCACCAGUAUUUUGACCGAGUCAGGUCUUCUAGCCGCUCCUGGUGCGGGUGGUGCAGCACCAGUCGAGGUCGAAGCCGACGGAAAGAAGAAGCGCAAGAGGACUCCACAUGAUCCCAAUGCGCCAAAACGCGCCCUAACCCCAUACUUCCUGUAUAUGCAGAGUGCUCGUGCAACUAUUGCCAAAGAGUUGGGAGAUUCUGCCAAACCAAAAGAGGUCGCAGAUGAGGGUACUCGCAGAUGGACUGAGAUGAGUCCCGCAGAGAAGAGUGUUUGGGAUGACAAGUACCAGAAGAACUUGGCUGCUUAUCGCGUCAAGAUGGCGGCAUACAAGGCUGGCCAGCCUGUUCCAGGAGAUGAAGAAGCCGCCAAACUUGUCGAAGCUGGCAAGGCUCCGGACCACAUUGUCGGUCUCGAUGCCGAAGCUGAGACAGAAGAGGAGCCAGUGGCCGCUGAAUCAUCUGACGAGUCAUCGCCUGAGCCAGUCAAGGAACCCAGCCCGCCCAAGUCCAAGCGCCGCAAGACCAAAGAUGCUACACCUAGCAAGCCGACGCCAAAAGCCGACGCCAAGUCUCCUGAAAAGAAGACCAAGAAGGGCGGCAAGAAGGAGUCCUCACCAGCUCCAGUUUCAGCCUCCAAGACCGACAAGACUAAGAGGAAGUCGAAAAAGUGA